AUGAUACUCGUUCGUUUAGAGCGUAAUAUAACAAAUUUGAUCAAGCAACCAUCUUGUAAUAAAGAACGUUUACUUGCUAUUCGUGAAGCUGAACUUUUACCUCUGUUAGAACAAGCAUUAUGUGAUAUUAACGAUGAUGAUAAUGUUAUUAUUGCCGAUACUAUAAGGGAUAUCGGCUUUCAAUAUGCAGAGUAUGGAAUACAUGAGAAUGCCAAAUUCUAUUUUGAGAGGUGUAUGCCAAUUUAUCGACAACAAUUACUCAUCGACGAAAUGUCACUUCAUCGAUGUCAAGCUUAUUUAAUCAAGCAAGAACUAUCGUUGCAUACCACAUUUUUAACAUCGAAUCAAGGCAUAAGCAUCUAUGACAUAAAUUUCAGUGCAAUGUACAAAAAGGAUCAUCCAUCAGAUGCUACUGAAGGCAAAGAGUUAGAAGAAUUGUGGGGUAUGUCAAAUUCAAUUAGAGAUUCCUAUAGAUUAUUUGAAUACUUUAUGUCAUUCUCAAAUAGUUUGCAGUACUUUAUAUUACUAAAAACGAAACUGGGCUAUUAUUUGCUCUCUAGACGAUCUUCUCAGAUCCAAUAAAAUAGUCUAAGUAAUAAGCUAAUCGACGUCCAUUGAUUUUUUGAAAGUUAUUUUGUUGUUCCCCUUAUGUUUCACUUCCUAAUACGAGACAUAUAGUGUUCCUUCUUAUGCUGUUACCAUCAGAGCAUAAUACUUUCGUCUAACUAUAAAAGCAAGAUUG